UAGGGCAGUUGGUUUGACCACUGCUUCUGGAAUAAAACACAAGAUAGCAAAUACAGCACAAGUUCUGCAGGCUAUAGGAUAAUUAAAAACGAAGUAUUUUUUUUCCUUUACAACAUUUAAGUUAUUUGUUUUUAUUUGCGAGAUGGGCUGCCGAACGCUGACCGUUUUCAUCAGUGGCCUUUUGGUCUUGGCUGCAUCAGGCACCAUCCCAACAACUAAAUCACCAGGCGCCACCCCACCAACUACUCAACCAGGCACCACCCCACCAACUACUCAACCAGGCACCACCCCAACAACUACUCAACCAGGCACCACCCCAACAACUAAACCACCAGCUGACACCCCAACAACUAAACCACCAGGCACCACCCCACCAACUACUCAACCAGGCACCACCCCAACAACUAAACCACCGGCUGACACCCCAACAACUAAACCAUCAGGUGCCACCCCACCAACUACUCAACCAGGCACCACCCCACCAACUACUCAACCAGGCACCACCCCAACAACUAAACCACCAGCUGACACCCCAACAACUAAACCACCAGACGCCACCCCACCAACUACUCAACCAGGCACCACCCCAACAACUACUCAACCAGACACCACCCCAACAACUAAACCACCAGGUGACACCCCAACAACUAAACCACCAGGCACCACCCCACCAACUACUCAACCAGGCACCACCCCAACAACUAAACCACCAGCUGACACCCCAACAACUAAACCACCAGACGCCACCCCACCAACUACUCAACCAGGCACCACCCCAACAACUACUCAACCAGACACCACCCCAACAACUAAACCACCAGGUGACACCCCAACAACUAAACCACCAGGUGACACCCCAACAACUAAACCACCAGGCGCCACCCCACCAACUACUCAACCAGGCACCACCCCACCAACUACUCAACCAGGCACCACCCCAACAACUACUCAACCAGGCACCACCCCAACAACUAAACCACCAGGUGACACCCCAACAACUAAACCACCAGGCGCCACCCCACCAACUACUCAACCAGGCACCACCCCAACAACUACUCAACCAGACACCACCCCAACAACUAAACCACCAGGUGACACCCCAACAACUAAACCACCAGGCGCCACCCCACCAACUACUCAACCAGGCACCACCCCAACAACUACUCAACCAGACACCACCCCAACAACUAAACCACCAGGUGACACCCCAACAACUAAACCACCAGGUGACACCCCAACAACUAAACCACCAGGCACCACCACAACAACUAAACCACCAGGUGACACCCCAACAACUACUCAACCAGGCACCACCCCAACAACUAAACCACCAGGUGACACCCCAACAACUAAACCACCAGGUGACACCCCAACAACUAAACCACCAGGUGACACCCCAACAACUACUCAACCAGGCACCACCCCAACAACUAAACCACCAGGUGACACCCCAACAACUAAACCACCAGGUGACACCCCAACAACUAAACCACCAGGCACCACCACAACAACUAAACCACCAGGCACCACCCCAACAACUAAACCUCCAGGCACCACCCCAACAACUAAACCACCAGGCACCACCACAACAACUAAACCACCAGGCACCACCACAACAACUAAACCACCAGGCGCCACCACAACAACUAAACCACCAGGUGCCACCACAACAACUAAACCAGCAGGCACCACCACAACAAGUAAACCACAAGUUGAUCCAUGCAAAGUCCAGCCUCCACCAUGCCCUUCAUUGGCCAAGUGCUUUAGCAACAACGAUUCGUUCCGAUGCGAAUGCCCUAUAGGAUAUUACGACGACGAAACUUCCAAGGCAUGCGUUGUCGCAAAGACAUAUGGUUCGAGUUUACACAUUUCGAAAGAAUUUUCUGAUCAAAUGAAGGACCCAACUUCAGAAGAAUUCAGAAGCAUUUCCAUACCCAUUCUAAAUAUGCUCAAUUCAACUUUUGGAGGUCGUUCAGAUUAUAAAGGAUCUGCAGUCAUCAAACUAAGAAGUGGCAGCGUCUUUGCAGAGGUUGUGAACAUGUUUGAUACAAAUUCUGACGUAACAGAAGAGUUUGUUUCAUCAGAAGUCAACGAAACGAUUACGUUAUGUACAGAAAGUAGUAUAUGUGGAAAUUUGCCCAUUUUGUCAGCAAGUGUAAUGUCCACGUGUGCACAUGAUGCGUGCGACUCAAACACAUCUAAGUGCGUGGAGGAAAAUGGUUUUACGCAGUGCAAGUGCCUCUCUGGGUUUAUACAACAAGAAGGAUAUGCACGUUUAUGCUCAGUUUGCCCCAUUGACUUCAAGGAGGAAAAAGGAAAAUGUGUCAAGUGUCCGAGUAUGGCCUCUGGAUACAACUGCAUGAUCUGCGCAGACGGCUACAAAAAUGAAAAUGGAACAUGCAGGCCGUGUUCCUUUGGCUACAAUGGGAAAAAUUGCCAGGAUGGCUCUCUCCUGGCACUGGUGAUCGUGGCUGUUUGCUGUGGGGUACUGAUACUCGCCUUGGGAAUCACAUUAAUCGUGACGUAUAUCAGGAAAAGGAAAGGAAAGGGAUACAGCGAUGAUGGAAACGAUGCCACACCAACACUUGGAUAUUCACAUAUGAAAUUUAAUGCAAUGGAAAGCAGUGAAGAGAAAGUCAAGUCCAAGUCAAAAUUGUGGAAAAAGAAAGAAAAGGUUGCAGAUAUGGACGGCAAUCCACCUUCAGCUCUGUAUGACUUUUACACGGCGAUCCCAAGAGUUUCUGCUAAAGUAGCGAGCGAGUCCUUCAAUCAUGCUCAGAAUUCAUCUCGGAAUGCAACUGAAGACGAUGACUCUGACAACAAAAUAAAUUUUACUGGACACACAAAUGUGGCUGCUAAAAAUGAUCAUGACACCUACUAUUAGACUAAGGUGCUGUGUAAUCUGUAGUUUCCAUGGCUCUCAAUUAUUACAUGAAAGUUACGAGUAAAAGGACCUCCAUCUAAGUACAGUAACACCCCGAUUUACGCCCUCCUGCUUUAUGUACUUUUCUUAUAACGUACUCAAAUAAUUGAUACCCAAUAUAAUUUUACGUACUGUGUAUCUCGCGACAACAUACUCGAGAUUUAUUAACUUAACCAUUUAUCCCCAAAUUGUUUACGUGCCAGAUGGCACCAAAGUGUUAGCAUCUCUGACUGCUGUAGUCUAUUUCAUGUGUACUCUAUUAAUAUUUUUUCCCCACAUAUUUAUGGCAACUAUUUCUAUACUAGCUUUUUUGCCCGUCCUAGGACGGGUGCAUAUUGCAGUAAAUCGUAAAUAUUCAAUAGAAAAAUUGUUCAGCUCAUGAUUAUUAAUGAGGGGGAGGGGAGUUGCCCCAUGUGGAGUAACGUCACCCGCUAAUGGUUAUUGGGGAGGGGUGCGGCAUGUGGAGUGCGCGACCUUAUGCGUUAGUGUAAAUUUCCACGUGGGCAUGAAUAUUAAUUAGGGGGGGGCUCUUUUGCAGUGACGUCACACACGGAUGUAGCACUGCUGCGUAGAUUUAUUUUUACCGUCACUUUAUGUAAACAAAAAGUCAUAUUUGAAGCGACUGUGUAAUAAAUUAUUUAAUUCGGCUCGACCUUCCUCUGCGUUAGUGUAAAAAUCCACCCACUCGUGAAUAUUAAUGAGGGGGGUGGGCCUCAUGUGGAGUGAUGUCACGCGCGGGACGGACAGACAUUUCUGGGUGAUUAUAGAAGGAAAAGAAACUAAUAUACGUAAUAUAAAAGACAAGGUCAAAUAUCUUAAAAUAUCAAUAAUAUACACGUAAUUUUUAGACGAUGGUUGUAUGCGCAAUAUGUUACUGGGCAUCCUUUGUUUAGGAACUGAGGCCUCUGUUUAGGUACUGUACCACGUUACGACCAACCAAAAAUGCUUAGAUUUAAGUACUUUCGAUUUACAUUCUGGCUUUCAGGAAUACAUCCUGAGCGUAAACCUGGGUAUGUCUGUACUUGGAUGUUACAUGGACCACAGCAGACACUACAUAAAUGUAGAAAGUCAUUAUAACUUAUCGUAGGAAUGAGAUUACUUUAUUGGAGCCGAAUGGAAUAAUAAUUCUGGAUUGCGAUUUGUCCCAUUCAUAAUUUAGUGUUGCAGAAAAUUCAGUUCAUCAGAAUUCCUCAAAAUCUAUUCUGCUUGUCACCCAUUUACAACUUUUCAUGUUCACCUAUAUCGCUUACAAAUAAAGUUGUUGCUAUAUGUCGCAUGUAUGUUGAUUUAAAAAAAACAUUGAUUUACUGUUCGAAUGAGCACAUUGAUUUACUGUUCAAAUGAGCAUUGAGGCUGUGCUUAUUUUCAUUUUAAAGCCUUGAAUCAUCAAUUAAAAUUUCUUACACCUAUGUUAGAGGUCAGUCUAUCCAUAAGACAACCACUGUUGACUAUCCCACGAAUAGGUACUAUUAUUGUACCAGGUUUUUAACUUGCUUCCUUCAGAUUGCGAGCUGCUCGCUUUACCAUUGAACCACCAGGAUUGGUAAAAAUUAACCCCGAUGCUUGGUAAACAUAUAAUAAUGUACGAGGGUCGCCCAGAAAGUAAUGCCCCACUAGCAAGGAAUACAUGCCCUCGUUUCUCGAUGGCGUAAAACCAUUGAGGUGGAAAGGGAUCAUGUGGAAAAGUAAUGUGCAUGUAAUUACUAAAUCUGCCAAUUCUAUUCGUAGUUUUCACUUUUCAAUACAUUUUGGUUGAAAAAAAGAAAGUGGGGCAUUACCUUUUGGGCGACACUCAUACUGUGAAGUAUGGGAGUAUAAGGAAUUCAAUUUUGAGAACAUCUGUAGAUAGCUAAUAAAAUACCAGAAUACGUUUAUAACUCAAUGAUUCCAAACACGAAAACACACAGCAUCAUGAUACUCCUGGGACCACCAGAUGAUGAUAGUGCUGGUAACAAGCUCUAUAAAGUGUAAUAUUGUAGUGAAACGUAAAGAAUUAGUGUCUAUUAUUGAAAAGCUCAUAUACUGUGUAGUACUCUAUUGGACAUUGAAUGCACAUGACUAUACACAUUUUAUGAAUCACUGGCAUGUGUAAGAAUAAAUGCAAGUGAUAGUAUUUUUAUUUCAUAAUUUUGAACAAAUGUAUAGUUUGUAAGUAAUCUUCUCCAUUGUGCAUGUUAAUUGCUAAAAUCUGACAUCAAGGAAAGAGAAGGAAAAUGACCAAGAGCCACGAAACAAUAUACAAUAGACUCGAUUAUCUGCGUGUCGUUUAUCCAAUUUGCGGAUUAACCGCGCACCUGAGAUUUUGCCAUGCAUUAAUAACUCAUGGUUUCCCCUUAAGGCCAAAUUAAUAUCUAAAAACAGUUAUGCACUGUUAUUCUUGGAAAUGUUUAUUAAAAGUCACGUGCUUAAACUGAUAUAUGUGCUCCGAUUAAUCCGAAUUCCACGUGAUCACCCCUACAGUACAGUAGUUGCAUAUCUUUACAAUAGUAGGCGGGGUUUGAUUUUAAUUGCCGUGGCUCUGCUAUUUUCCACUUAUUGGGCAGAGUCUUCUGCGGGGGAGCAGGAAAGUAUCAUCAAUGAGCACGUGCAUCUAUUGGUCGAUCAUUGGUAUUGAUAAAAAAAAUCUAAAGAGUAACGAUCAAAAUCGUCAGCUGUGCUUCAUUUUGAGUGAUUUAUCCAAUCAUUUUGUGAGUUUUAAUUAACAAAACUGUGCGAUGGACUUGCGUAAUAAAACCAGGUCAAUACAUUC